AUUUGGUGAAAGUAAUCAAACUAUUAGAAGAUACUACUCAACAUGAAUCGCUUAAGGCUUUUUUUUCUGACCUUUACCAACUUAAAACAACAAUUGGCAUCCGAAAACCUAUCAUAUCCAUGGCAAAUAUGACACUAACUUGA